UGAUGUGUUCCUGUUUUAUAAACAAACUUUGUUCAUACCCGGUAAUCGGUUAAAGUAAAGUUUGAAACGGUACUAAAGUAUGCCAGCAUACGUGUGUCAGGCUAUUGGGCAGCAAGAGACCUGCAGUCUAAAAAGUGCAGAAGAGUUGACAUUGUGCGCUUGUUAACUUUACUGCUGGUGGAUUGCGGGCCCUCUGAGAUCCACCAAAAUGGACUGCAUUACUUCAUCAGCAUGAGCAACUCCCCAGUAGCACCUUCUGAGGGACAUCCUCAAAUGAAGUAGUUCAUUCUCUACACGCCCACCCAGUGCUUUUUAACAGCUUCAGAUUUUUUUUAAAGGUUUUGGGGCAUAACAGUAUUGAUAAGGUGACCAAAGUACACAGAUAUUCCUAAUUGGGAAGAAAGGAAGGUUGAGAGUAAAAUGGACACUAUGCAACAUGAAGCAUCUCAGUCUGAGGGUGAGUGUUACAGUGUCAUGGUUCCAGUUAUAAUAUGUGUUUUAAGUGAUGAUGAAGAUGAUACAGACUCGCUGUCCUACUCACUGGCUGAAGGGAAAGAAAACGACUCUGAAGUUGCUAAAAUUGAAUUACCAGAAUGUGAUGGUUCUACCAGCAAAAGUAGUAACCGUAAACAGUUGUCUGUCCACUCUGAAUAUGGGGAACAGUUGGAAAACAUACAAAUAAACCUUGCCAAAAGGUCAUUUGAUGCUGAAAUCCCGAGGAAAGAGUCCCAGAAUAGGAAAAGGUUCUUGCAUGAAGCAGAUAUAAGACCGCUAUCAGAGGCAUUGUGGGAGAGUAAAGGCAGCCCUUGCAAGCAUGUUACAGGUGGUUUUCAUAUUGCGUCAGAUUGCCACAGUGUAGAUGAACCAAUAUCUUUAGAUGUUGGGUCUGAAAAAGCUGUGCCUGCAGAAAAUCUGAGAGAGCAAUCAGAGGUGGAUGCCAACCUUCACCACAACAAAAAAGCCUCCAAACUCGCUAAUGUCUCAGAAAAUACUUCCCUUGCUCUGGAUUCCACUGUGGGACACGUGAAAGACAUUAACCUGGCCACUGAACAGACAAGCUUGGGAAGAGUUGCUGAAAAUACAGAGGAGGUUGGUGAAAGAGAGGAGGGACCUAUUACAUCGGUUAAUGAAGAGAAACAUUCAUAUUUUUUGGAAGCUGGAAAUAAAAGCGGAAUGGUGGAAGGCAAACUACAUGAUGGGAUUUCAGUUCCAUUCUGUGACGAGCAAACUGCUAUGCUGGUUGAAUCUGAUAAACUAACAGAGAACUGUAAACAGAAAUCUCUGAUUAGCUCCAACAUUGCACCUAUGACAAAUGUGUUGAGAGAAAAAGCCUACAAGUGCAGCCUUUCAUUGAAGCAGGAAUGUGUGACUGAACAUGUCGCACUGGACCAGCCACAGCUUGCGACACAACAAGGUCAAAGACUUGAAAAUUGUGUCUCUGAGCUUUGUUCCAAAAAAAUUUCCAUGGAGAAUGUAACCUGUACCAUCAAAAGCAUCAGGAGGAAAGAGUUUAAGAUGGUAAAGAGACCAGAUACAAAGCCAAAUGAUAAAGACAUUCUGAAUGUUCAAAAAUAUGAAACCACGGAGCAUAAUUUAAACACUGUCACGGAAGCAUGUAGUUGUGUCAUGUGCCAGUCUGUGUUUAGCAGGAAGAUUCAACAGCCAAUACUGACACACUGUGACUCCAAGUCUUAUACCUGCAAGCAAUGUGACUAUGCAACUGAUCGAAAAAAAGCUCUGAAGAUACAUGCAAGGAUCCACACAGAUAUAAAACCUUACAAGUGUGGCAAGUGUGCUUCUGAUUUUCACACCUGUGAUGAAUCAUGUAAGUCCAAACCCUUCAAGCAGCGAGAUUGUGAUUACACAGAGAGUAGCCUCCAAGCGCAUACAGCAGCCCAUGCAAGCUUUGGCAUAAACAGUCUUAGGCUUCACAAGAAGAAGCAUGUUGAUUUCGGUGCACGGUUCAAGUGUGAUCAGUGUGAGUAUUUCACGAACAAUUCUUACAACCUACAGUGUCACUCCAGAAUUCACACAGGUGAGAAACCAUACCACUGUGAAGAGUGUGCUUAUUCAUUUCGUACCUUGAGCCAACUAAAUCGCCAUAAGCUUGUACAUUUAACCAGUAAAGUUAAAGAACAGUUUAAAUGUAAGCAGUGUCAAGCCUCGUUUCCUAGCUUGCACCAUCUUGGUCGCCACGCAAGUAGUCAUUUGGAGCUCAAGCAGAUGUUCGGCUGUGAUCAGUGUGACUAUUCCACAUACAGUUCUUACAAUCUCAAGGUGCACAUUAGAACUCACACUGGAGAGAAACCAUACCGGUGUUCUGAGUGCGAAACUACGUUUCGAACCCCAAGUCACCUUAAUCGCCACAAGCAAAUCCAUCUGAAACAUGAGUAGCUUAACAUUCAAUUACACCUCAAUGCUUUGUGUUGUUGCUCCACUUCUGAGUUUUGAUUAUUUCCCCUGCAGUUGUCUCCUAAUGAGCUUUUGUCAAAUUCACGGCUCGUCACUGACCCGACAGCUAUCUCCUACAAAUAUUUCUCAUUCCGGAUUAUCGUGUUGUGCAUAGCACAGAA